AAAGCAAGAAGACCCAAACGCUUUAACCAAAACCUUAAGCUAACUUCUUUCUCUUUCUGAAAUCCAAAAGCAUGUAAAAGAGAGACUCUCUCAACCAAUGUCCAUGUCCCGACCUUCCCUUGCCGCAUUGCCUUAAAACAAACACAACCCCACAUAGUGUUUGCACAUCUUUCUCACCACUUUCUCAUACCAUCUCUCCAUCUCUCCUAUUUUCAUUCAGUCUUUGCAUGCUUAGACCACCACAAAACACACACCAAACACACACAUCAUUGACAUACCUCGACUAAUUAAACAUACCCAUAUACACCUUUGCAUGUUUUCAAUCACACAACUCUGUCAUGAUCUCUUUAUGUCCAUGGUGUUCAAUCUCGUGUUCUCACAACUGGGUAUUAGCUUUUCCUGCAAAUUCUAACAGAGUUUUUUCGAUUAUUUUGGUUUGGAGUUAGUGGGGUUUCUGGGGUUUAAUACAAUUGGGUCAAUUGGGUCUUUGUGUGCUGAUGGGUCCAGUCAGAGGGUAUAAAAGGAGGAGGAAGAUGGAUAAGAAGGUUGACCCAAACGCUUCUGCUUCUGGGUCUUCUGAGGAUGGGUGUUUGGAUUGGUGGGAUGUGUUCUCCAAGAGGAUUUCUGGUCUUUCAUCUCCAUCAAAGGAUUUGGAUAAGUUUGAAUCUGUUUUCAGGAUAUCCAGAAAAACUUUCAACUACAUCUGUACACUUGUGAAGGAGCAUAUGAUGGCUAAGCAAGCAAACUUCAUGUUCAGUAAUGGCAAGCCAAUGUCUUUAAAUGAUCAAGUAGCUGUAUCUUUAAGAAGGCUAGGCUCUGGGGAUUCACUAAUAGCAGUUGCUGAAUCAUUUGGGACAAAUCACUCAACUGUCUCUCAAGUGACAUGGCGUUUUGUGGAGGCCAUGGAAGAACGGGGACUUCAUCACCUGCAAUGGCCUUCCACAGAACAAGAAAUGUCAGAAAUAAAAUCCAAGUUUGAGAACAUUCGAGGCCUUCCAAAUUGUUGUGGGGCAAUUGAUACCACUCACAUCAUGAUGUUGCUGCCUCAAUCUGAUCUGGCAGAUGUAUGGCUUGAUCGUCAGAAGAAUCAUAGCAUGGUCUUGCAGGCUGUCGUGGACGCUGAUAUGAGGUUCCGGGACAUUGUCACUGGAUGGCCAGGGAAAAUGAAUGAAUCUUUGGUUCUACAGAGCUCUAAUUUCUUUGAGCUCUGUGAGAAAGGAGAGAGGUUAAAUGGGAAUAAGAUGAAGCUCUCGGAAGGAACAGAACUAAGGGAAUAUAUAGUUGGGGAUUCAAGCUUUCCGUUGCUAUCUUGGCUCGUCACACCUUACCAAGGAAAAGAGCUUUCAGAAUCCAGAGCGGAGUUUAAUAGGCGGCAUUUUGCUACUCGGAUGGUGGCAAGGAGAGCAUUGGCAAGGUUGAAGGACAUGUGGAGGAUAAUUCAAGGAGAGAUGUGGAGACCUGACAAGCAUAGGUUGCCUAGGUUUAUCCUUGCGUGCUGCAUUCUUCAUAACAUUGUGAUUGACAUGGAAGAUGAAGUGUUGGAUGAGUUGCCUUUGUCUCACCACCAUGAUUCAGGCUACCGGCAAGAGAUCUGUGAAUCUACUGAUGAGACUGCUUCCAUUUUGAGAGAGCAGCUCUCUCUCUACUUGUCCGGAAGACUGCCACCUUGACUAUACUUCGCUUCAGCAUGGCUUUCUUAAUCUGUUGGUGCGAUAUAUAGUUAGAAGAGCUUGAGACAGGAUUCUGCCCAAAAGAAAUGUUUGAUGUAGGCUCAUUUUUUUUUUUUCUAGAUUUGUGCUUGUUGGUUUAGAAAACAUUGAAUUGCUUGAGGCCUGUUUUAAUAAUUGCUUGAGAGAUUUGAACCAAUCUAGUUUUAAUUCCUUUUUAAAGUCUCUAUUUUUGUUUGUGAAUUUCUUCAUUAUGGAGCUGUGCAGGAAGGUAAGAUUCCUUUUCUUCAACUCCCCAAAUUAUAUGCAGGUGAAGGCCAUAGUAGGGAAGCUGAAACCACUCCUCUCUCUCUGUACAUUUAUGUGUGUGUGUGUGUGUGUGUGUGUGUGGGUGUAUUUAUGAACAUUUUUAUAUAAUGCCCCUCCUAAAAUUUUCAACUGGUUAAAUUAUCUCCUUUUUUUUUUUUUU